AUGUUCAGAGCAAUCAAGUCCGAUUUAAAGAAAAUACAUCAGAGCGAAAACAGGUUGCAGCAAGCGGUGGACGACGUGCGUCAGACCCAGGUCAAGACUCAUAAGACAAUGGAGGACAUGUACCAGAAUCAGACUAAUACUCAACAAAGCAUUGAAGGAGUUUGUAAGACUGUGGCUGAAGUUCUUCGGACUCAGAUAGAAGAAGUCCGUCAGACCCAAACAAAAAAUGAGCAGGAAUUGAAAAAAGUUGCAGCAGGUUUUCAAGAAUUAAAUACUAAGGUGGAUAGUAUUAAAGAAGAAGGGGGCAAGGACAGGAAUGAUGAAGUGCUUCAAAACCUUGCCAAGUCCGAAUUCAGAGGAGACAUUGAGUAUUACGUGGAACGAUUUCAAACAGGCACCCGUGAGUGGGUCUUCGACAGAGUUCAAAAAUGGCUGGAUGACAGAGGCUCUCAAAACCGAGUGAUGGUGAUCAGUGGAAAUGCAGGGAUGGGAAAAUCUGUUAUUGCCGCUGUGAUCUGCAAGAGAAUGCAAGAGGCUGGCAGACUGACAGGAAGCCAUUUUUGUAAGUACAAUAAUGUACGUUAUUGCAAGCCGCAGUUGAUGCUUCAUUCUUUGGCCUUCCACUUGUCCACUGCACUACCUGAGUACAAACAAGCUCUUGUAAAACAGCUGUCACGAAAUCUGGGUGCCAAUCUCAACAAUAUGAGUGUUGAAGAGCUGUUUGCACUGCUUUUUAAGGAACCUCUAAGUGCCGUAGGCGAUCCAGGGAGAAACAUGCUCAUUGUAAUAGAUGGCUUGGAUGAAAGUGAGUACCACGGACGAAAUGAUCUUCUUAAUGUGAUUUCACGACAGUUUUGCCUGCUUCCUAAUUGGAUUCGUUUUCUUGUUACAACGCGUCCAGCCACAAACAUUGCAGAGAAAUUAAAACACUUAAAGCCGUUUGAAUUAAAGCAUGAUGAUCAGAAGAAUUUGGAAGACAUCAGAGUGUUAUUUACAAAGAAACUGCAGGACAUGCUCAAACCUGUAGAAGAAGAAGAAGAGUCUGAGCUUCUGGAAAAACUUGUUUUGAAAUCUGAGGGGCUCAUGUUGUAUGCUGAUUUUCUUGUUUUGUUCAUUAAUGAGAAUGCAUCAGCUCUGCACCAGAAAGACCUUGAUGGUAGUUUGCCAUUAGGAAUUUCUUCAGUUUAUGAUUUCUAUUUUAGUCGUCUGCAGGAUGAACUUACACGUAUCAAGGAACUUGACAUUAAAGAAGAACAUUUCCUGAAUUUACUAUCUGCCAUUACUGCAUCAAGAGAACCCUUGCCAGUUGGGUUUGUUUCUAAAGUGUUAGUCCCUGGAAUUAAUUCACCUCUUGCAAGACGUAAAGUGCUUAAAGCUUUAGCCAGUGUAUCCGCACUUCUUCCUAUUUGUGAUGAACGUCUCCAUGUCAUCCACAAGUCGGUGAAAGACUGGCUGACUGACACAUCAUGUUAUGGAGAACAUGAAUUUAUCGUGGAAGAGAAGUAUGGACAUCAAAUACUUGAAGAGCUAUGUAUUGACGAACUUGUCGGUUUGAAACGGAAAGGUGCUGGAAACGCGCAGUUAAGCGCCACUGAGAAGUAUGCCCUGUAUCACUGUGCUCGUCACAUGUUACACUCUGGAGUGGACAUAGAACCACUUAAAGUGGACGAGCUGACAAAGGCCUACGUGAUAGAUUUAGAAAUACUUUAUGCCAAAAUUUUAAUGAAUGGCUCAGUGGCCGCCGAAGACCUUCUUUGGCUUGAAAAGACGGGCAUUUCUGCAAUAUUAUCAGAAGAGAGCAAAAGUAUCUUGGAUACAUUGUUGUUUCUAUUGAGAAAGUUCCUGAACAGAUUCACAGACGCUCCUCGUACGUUUCUCCAAACCAUUCUAAACGAGGGAGGGAAAGUGUUGUCCUCUAAAGCGUCGAACCUUUUACAGAACGGGUAUCCUGGAAUACCAUAUAUGGAAAAUCUUCACAAGGAGCCGCAACAGGGAGGCGUUGAAGCUCGAUUUGAAUGUUCAGCUUGUGUGGUCUGUUUGGACGCCUCACCGAAGUUGGAGUAUAUGGUCUGUGAAUGUUCAGACGGAAUGCUUCAGCUAUGGUCACUCCAUACUGGUAGGCGGAUGUGGACACGCCCAGUAAAAGAAAAAAGGUGUUUUAAGAGGGACUAUGAACACGAAGCCUUUCGAAAGUUGCCUUCAGUAGAUGUUGCUUCAUUUUUUCGCUCCGUUGUUUUCCAUCCUAUUAAACAUAUUGUUUUACCUGGGAUUCUCAGUCACGCGUACGGUUUGGAAGGGGAAUUAAAACCACUUUUUCCCAAAAGUGGUUGUAGGUUCUCGGUUUGUUCUAUUUCCGGUGACAAGAGCAAGAUAGUUACGGAUUGCCCUCAGAAUUCUAAGUGCCUUUUCCUUUGGAGUUUAAAAGAUGGUUCAGAGAUUGAUCGGAUAUCCAGAGAUGAAGACAUUUUAUCUUUUGCUUGGUCCCGAGAUGGGAGACUUCUCGCCAUUUCCCAUUCUUCGGGCUUGAUUUGUUUGGUUGAUGUGAUGCAUGAUUUUAUUGAACUGGCCCAAACAACUACCACAAAAGUAUGUGGAAUCCUAAAAUUUUCACCUGAUCAUCAAUCCCUUUUUUGUUGGCAUUGGUACAAGUUCUUUAACCAACAAGUCUAUCGUCUCGAUGUAGAUAUGGACAGCGUCCGCAACACGUAUUCUUUAAACGUUGUUGAAAAUGUCUCUUAUGAUUACCAGAGUUUUGAAUCUUUUGAUGAUUGCGGUUUUUUAUUGGGAGAUAUUGUUGUCUCCGAACAGACAGGCAGUAUGCUUUUUGUUCUUGGAGAACAAAGUCUGUUGCGCUGCCUGGGUAGAGUAAUCGAAAUGGUGAACAUUUUAAAUGCAAACAAGAGAGUUCGAUGCGUAGCUUCCAAGAUAGCACUGAGUUUGGAUGGCCGUACCGUCUAUGUUUCUAGCUGUGGAACAGUGACCGCUUGGGACUUGGUAACUGGAAAUCCUCAAGCUGAAAAAAACCUCGAGAUUACGUGGCCGAAAAUUUUCAUUCCCCUGAAAGAAGGUAUCUUAAUUACAACUGGGCCCAAAAUUUUCGAGUUGUGGGAUUACAAACUGUCUGACUGCAUCAAGAGGUGGACUGGCCUCUCUGAUUUUGAACAAGUAAUCCCCAUAUCAGAAGAACUGAUAGCUCUUGUGUUUGAGUUUGAAGUGACAGUCCUGAAUACAAGCAGUGGGGAAUUCAUUUCCUCAAUCCAAGUUUCACACAGAAGAGUUAUUACGUGCAGCAGUAAAUUUGAGCUGUUAACGGAGGUUUGUGGCUCACUUCAAUUGUUCGAUGGCACAACAGCUGUGUGGCAGAAGGACUGGAGUACUGAUCGCGGCGUUUUCUCUCCUAAGGGCGAGUUGCUUGUCGUUCUGACGUCUCAAGGGCCGCUUGUUUUGGACUCCGUUUCAGGGAAAGGACUAUGUAUUUUGCCUACUUCUGCUAUGGACAUUCUUUGUCAGUUUGUUAGUGACGAGGAGUGUGUUUCUGUGAAUCAUGGUAUUGAAAGUUCUACUGUUCAACUGUUUAAUGUCAGGUCUGGUGACCCUCUGAGUUCAAUGGAGGUGGAAAGCAGAAUAACCUGUUUAGCAGCCUCUUCCAAAAAUGGACUUUUCGCAAUCGGCCUGCUAGACUGCAAACCAAAUUUCAAAGUUAUCAAAGUGCAUUUGCCUCGAAGGACAGUUGGAGGAACCACAGGUGAGCUGUUGGUAAAUGUGACUAUCUUUAAGGCUUUUUUUCUUGUGCUUUAACCCAAAGGUGUCAGUUGUUACUCCUUGUCGUCUUUGUUUUUGUUAUUAUUCGAGCUUGCUUUAGCAGCCAGACUCUAAAAAUUCCAGCGUUCCUUUUUUUUCUCGUGUGUGCGCACGUAAGGGAGUCAUGAUCCCAGGCGUUCCUAGCGUGAACCGUGGAAACUCGGGAUAAGCAUCGCGAGGUGACUGAUAGCCUGCUGCAACGCAGGCUACUUGACUGACAUCAGAAAACGUUUUUCAGAGAGCCAUGCAUUUUUUGUGAAGAAAGCCGUGGAAAGAUUAAUGCGAAAGAUGUCGAGCUUUUCCGGAACGGGUGGGUCCACGAGUUCUAUCACUUGAAAGCGUUGAUUGCUUUGGAACAAGUGAAUACUUCAAUCGUCGAAAGAAGCAGGAUCUUUGUGAGCAAAACUUUGAUGGGGAGGUAAACCGGUGUAGUGUUGUAAACUUUCAUUGUAUGAGUCUUGUGACGAGCACGCCGGCGGUUUAUUUUCGACGAUGAUUGAAAUGACACACCAUGUUUAUCACAUUUCUGGUCUUUUUCUCUUGAAUCGAGCCCCUUGCAUUGAUUGUCAUGUAUUUAUACACGCGUACUCAAUCAUUUCAGAAAGAAAUCGUCGAAUACGAUAUAAAUAGUGAAUAUCCUGAAGAAGACUCGACCGUCGAUAAGGUAGGACGUGAAAAUCUUUUAGCGAGGAAACCCGGUGUCCCUAAUCUCCAAGCAAGCUCGACUCAACGCUUAUGAGAGCGUUCUUGUUUAAACUUCGAUUAUUGUUAGUGUUGCAGACUGGAAAGCUAAUGAUUGCUAAAUUGCCCUUUGCGUAAUCUUGGUAAAUGCAAAUGUAGCUUUGAUAGCAAACCCUGAUAGUAAGCGGGUUCAUACAUACUUCACCCAGUCUUACUGGUCCUCAUCAGUUCCUAAACAGCCAUUGGUCAAGCUUGUUUUUUAUCCAUUGAAGAGCUACUUAAAACGACUUUCAUUUCAUGUCUUUUAGGACGAUUGGUAUACCGUGGAAUAGACAGCUGCGCGUAAAGAACUGGAUGUAAACAAAAGGUCAGCAAGCGUUUUCUUUUCUGUCUGUUAGAAAAUAUCCCGCAAAACCAGCUAUUUCUGUCCCGGGCGUGAACGAAAUCGUAGAAUUCCCCUGUGUUUUUCGAGCGAAUGUAUGUAUAUUAUUCCUUUUCGUGUAUGUUUCAAUUUUUUUUUCAUAUGUCCCAAUAUUCCUUUAUUUAAAUAUGCUACAGGUCAGAGAACGUUGGCAGUUAUUGGAGAAGCAUUAGAAAAAACGCCUGUGGACAGGCUAGAUUUGAAUUUUUUUGUAGGGACAUUUUGAGUCUUAAAUUAAGAGAUCCUAAAACACACUUUUUACCGCAGUCAACACAAUAUUUAUUAUUUAGAUUUUUAACAGCGAAGAGAGAGUGAUCCUAGAUGAAGGUGGAACGAAGUGCGAAGGCCAGGCGAAGCAAAUUCAUCCUGCUCUAGUGGCCUGCCCGCCCAGUUGAAUGUCGAUGAACUUGAGAACGUAUCUACACAGAAAAUAGCUGAUGCGAUUUACAGCUCUCUGCAGGAGCCCUUGGAAGAGUACCGGCGGCCUCCGAGGACCACGCCCCUGAGUUUGGUGCGGUAUCAGAACAAGAGUUUUACAAGAAACUUUCCCGCCUAAACCCAGCGAAAGCUAGUUGGCCCAUUCCGAACUCGAUACUGAAAGACCGUUCGGAAUUCCUUGCCAACUCGGUAACUACAAUCCUAAAUGCCUCAUUUAAGGAGCAGCUCUUACCGAACUCGUGGAAACUUGCUGACGCGUCGCCUCUUCCUAAGACGAAAUCUGUCAAGGAAAUUAAAAACGAUCUCAGACCGAUAUCGCUCACACCAUGUACCUAUGAGAUUGACGAGGACUUCGUCGUCACCCAGUAAGCGAAACCAGCUGACUGGUCACGCAAGAAUAAGUUUAAAAAGUUGGAACUAUAACAAAUCAGUGGCACCCAACGACGGUUUCCUCCUAAAUGCAUUAAAAACACUUUAUAGGCUAUCCAGAGGAAUUUUGGAUCUCUAGAAAUACAUUCUAAGCGGCGCUAUAAAAUAUGUGUCUGUUUGGUCAUCCUAGGGAAACUUGAGUCUUUUCGAAAUUAUAAGGGCUUCAGUAUUAUUUUCCCGAAAAUUUUAGAAGCAAUUCGACGUAUUACGAACGUGAUGAUUUUUCUGAUUCCUCCAUCACGUUUUUGAUUCCGAAAAUUUUAGGUUUCCUGUUGUGAAAGAAAAACAGCCUAACCUGGGCAGUGAAAUGUGAAAUUUAAACUUCAGAAAAUCAUACGAGUUUAUUACAUAAGCAUCGAAAAUUGUACAUGAAUGGAACGAUCAUUUAUAAAUUUUUAGCUGUCCUUAAGCUAUAGAAAAUUAUACAUCUUGCUAUACGGGUUAGUGAGUAGUAUCGUGGGACAUUUUUACGAGUCACGCUGUAUUUUGGCGAGCCCGUGAGACGAGUCAAAAUACAAGAGACGAGAAAAAUAUUCCUCGAUACUACACACUAAACCGUUCAAUAAGAGAUUUAUUAUUCAACUCGAGGAAUAUAAAAUAGAACUCAGUAUAAAUGUGUACUCUUGCCUACUUAUGACGAGAUGGCGUGACAGACGAACGUGAGUCGAGUUUUCGCGCGCUUUCAUCAACGCUGUUGCUGAUUGGUCAGAAAUGAAAACUUGUUAAACUAGUUUACUCAGGGUGCUUUCUAUAAUGCCAAAAUUUCCGGAAAUUUCGGUCCAAACGUAAAUGGAAUGGUUCGGACAAGGCGGAAAUUUUCCGGUCAAAGUGGUCCACCUCCAGAGGUGGUCCUCUUUGACCGGACGGUCCGGCCCGACCGAAAAUUGACGUUCAUUUUCAGAAAUUUUCGUUUGCAGUCCCGCUCCUGCUCGUCACCCCAGUAAAAAUGGCGGAUGGUUUAGAUGUAAGUGUUUACGAGUACGGUGCGUGUAAGCUUCACACGCAAGACGUAAACUUUCUCCUUAUGCGCAGUUGCACACAAGGCUCAGGCACAGCAGUGCAUCUUACUUUGUUUUUUCUUCUGGUUUUCAUCAGCUUUUAAAGACAAAUAUUGCUGGUUCCUCCGAAUGCUGACGAUGUUUUCUCGCGUUUUUCUCUUAGCAGUAUGUGACCCUAGCCCUUACGGCUUUGACAGUCAGUGCGAAAAAAAUCCAUAGCUCAUUCCAACAACCUCCACUAGUUCGACCAAAGCCCUCGAAAGAUGGGAGGAUAAACACGUCCGUUUACUUAUUGCAAGCUACAUGAAGAUCAAAGACGAAUUUGGGAAGUCACACAUUACCCAACAAUCAAUUGGGUCGGACUUUUGGUUCGGACGCUCACUUCUGCGUCUCCUUCAAAAAUGCCCAGACUACCGUUUAGGAUUUUAUCAGAUAACUAUUUACAAUGUAAUAAAUGUUAAGGUAAAGGAAAACGGGGUGACUUGUAGCCUGGUGAGAGCAGCAAACACGAUCAGACUACAGUUUGGACCGGCAAGCCUGAGAGCAAGCUCACCCGGUGGGGGAGGCAAUAAAGGAGGUCCCCUUCCCGUCUUUGCUCCCCCGCCGUCGUAUUAUGACCCCUGGGAGAGCUUGCUCGCAGGCUAUGGACCGGUAGAAGAAAUCUUAAUGGGACAACCUCGUUCCCAGGUUCUCUACCUACCCGUCUCUCUCUUACUCCGUCGGGUGGGGGAGGGGGUUAGUAGGUGGGUAGGAGAGAACCCUGGGAACGAGGUUGCUCAAUGGACCUUAAGCAACGACCACGACAACGUCAAAAAACAAUUUAGUCCGGCAGCUUAGCUAGAAAUUUUUAGUGAAUUGUGCACUUUUAGAUACAAGCAUGAAUUUUGGCACACCGAUAGUAGUCACCAAUACAAGCAUUUUCAGGUAUAGUGCCAAGCCGGUAGUAGGUCCCCAUAGAAACCACAAUGUAUUAAAUUUCAUAAAAAUUAGUGAAUUAGAUUCAUUAAAUUGUUGUCCUAGUUUAUCAAGACAUAGAAUCAUUUCACUCAGUCAUCCAACCUGUUUUCCACGUACAUCUUGUUUAUAACACGCCGUUUGACCUUAACUAUGCGUUGCCAUGGCAACGGUAAGCAAAGGAAAACUAAAACCACGACGACUGAAUAAAUUAAUGUGCCUUCAGUUUGUUUGAUAAUUAUAUGUGAUACAACUAAUAUCUUUAAACAUAGCUUUGCUACCUAAUAGAUUUCACAUUUUCGUUACGGAAUAAACUUACGGUUCUCUAGUCAUUUGCCACUGUGCUUCCCGCACUGCCUAUAACAAUACAACACAAUACAAUAAGAGUUUAUUGUGAAAAUACACUUAGCUACAAUAAUGGUGUGCUAUCACAGACGGAACCGAAAUCGGGGUCUGUGAAAGCACGCCAGCUAAUUUACAGGUAUUCCACAAACACAAUAAAAUUAAGAGUUAAAAAACUAGAUAUGGAAUAUUCUAUAAUUAAAAUUAUAACAAUCAAAUCUUAAUAAGUAUAUCUUAUAUCUAAAUAAAUACUAAAUUCAAUAAAAAAGCGUCGAAAUUAUAAAAAUUGCACUAGGUCAACUUGGCUAAUGGAUCUGGAAAUAUAAUUCCAGCUCGAAUAUUCUCCAGCUACUUUCACUCGUUGUUGGCGAUCAGAGAAAUAAUCCUCAAUGAUAUUAGCAGUUCUCUCGUCAGCACCAUAUUCUUUGAACUUCUUCACAAUGAGAUCGUGUGGUAGAGAGUCGAAGGCCUUCGACAAGUCCAUAGACACAAGGCCGAUCGUCCAGAUGGCCGCCGUGUUUCUGCAGAGACAUGAUUAAAAUGACGUUGAUCGAAAGGAAACGUUGUUGAAAUUUUCCUUAACAGUAUUUUUUCUAGCUCAGAUGAGUCUCAAAUUGUUGAAAAUGUGCCUUACGUAAGCGGUAUGGGUGUUGCUGAGUUAAACUUCCUCUCUAAGGCCUUCGAUAGUGGAUGUUGUGCUGAACCAUUUUCAUGACUUUUGAGCUUCAUCUUUAUCACAUUAUGUACUAAUUGCUGUAUCUCGAUGUAAAUUCCAUAAUAUCGAAUUUUUCAAUGCUUUCUUCCACCUUCCACGUAAAUGCCGUUUUGAAACUCACCCCAAUCCUCCCUCAAAAUUCGCAAGAAAUGCAGGUUGGUGCGCACUAUCUGCAGCUCUACCGGUGACCCUUAUUUUUCUUCAUUAUUUUAAUAAUAACAGUUCUUCCUUUUAAUGGCAAUUCUAUGACCAGCGGAGAAGGAAGCAGCAUCACACACUGUUAAGGCAUGGAACACAAGGAGAAAUGUCGAGUUAGAUGGACCAAAGGCUUUUGGAAAGAGUGUGGGUAGGAUAUUCCCUGUCCCAUAAGACACUCAAAAUUCCUUCAAGUAUAAAUAAGCCUGUGUCAGGCUCCAAGAUAGUGGGGAAAACGGAACGAAAAAAAGCGCUUAAUUUCGAAUCAUGGUUGACUAGUGAACCAGUUUUCUACUGCAUCAGCUACAUGGACUAUCAUUUUAAUGUUGCCUCUUCUCCGUGCAAACAGACUCAUUCUUGACCGUGUACGUUUGAUGCAGUGGAUUAGUUACAGGAAUUUUUCUUAUCACCAUGCAAUCCAGUUUGGUCCUGUUGAACGCAUCGCGACGAGAUUUUUGCCACGUAAAAAACGACUUGAUAAUAUGGAAGCUGAAUUCCAUCUGCCCUGCAGUCAACUGCUAAAUUUAAUUUUCCGGUCUCACAAAAUGAAGUUAAGUCUUAUUCAAAAAAAAGGUAUCCAGCACAUACCGAUCGAGAAAGAUACAUUCAACCAAAUCACUUGGCUUGAGAGGAAUAAGAGUUCUUGAAACUACGUCACGGCGAGAGGAGACUAAUGAAAUAAUCAAAACAACACUGCUUUUGGUCGGAAUCAAAAAUUUUUUUGGUCAGAAUGAAAAAAUUUUUUACCGGGAAACGUUAUUGCCUUAUGUGUAGAUUCGGAUGAGAAAAUAAAAAAUUCGUUAAGAAAAAAAUUCGUCAAGAAAAAUAACUUCGCGGGGGGUCUCGGGUGUGAAAUUUGAUUCGCUGCUAACUAGAAAACUCCCUACCAUUUGAUAUACUUGAAGCCUGAAAAAGGUACCCCUUUCGGGCGGAGCCUCCCCCUAUAGGCCAUUUUGCCUGUAGUAACAAAUAAAAAAUCUUUUCAAUAGCAUUAAAGAUUAAUCUAGCUUUGAGCAUGAAUUUGUGGGGGAGUCACAGAAAAGAAGGGCUAACGUGGCUGGCUUUCAUAACUGGAUUCAAUUCCACCUGCAAGAGAAAAAAAGGCUUACUUGACUAUAAAGGCUUCUAUUCAAGUCGGAGAGUAAGUAUUUAAAUGUCACUACAAAACUUUACCAUGUUCAUGUCAUGAUAGCUAAUCUCUCAUUGUAGUAUAUUCAAGGAUAAGGACAUAAAAAAUUUGUCCGAGAAAUGUCCAGAAAACUUUAAUUCUUGGCCAAAUGUUAAUUUUUCAUACUCUUUCCAGACAAUUUCUCAUCUGUUGGGCUACGUGGUCAUUUUGGUGAAUAGCUAAUACCACAUUUUAUUUCAUGCCUAAAAUUAAUUUUUGUAGCAUUUUAGGUAAAAUGACAUGAAAUUAAUUCCAGAUUGAUGCUGUGAUGAAAUUUGUCUGUCAGGGGCACCCAACGACGUUGGGCUAAAAUGGUUUUUGGUGAAUAGCCUCCUAAACUUAAAAUUAGGUAAGACAUGAAAUUAGCUUUGAAAAACACUCCUAAAUACGUUGAAAACACUUGUAGGCUUUCCAGAGUCAGACUUAAAGAUUCCCAGAGAUGCAGUCUUAGCGGCGCUAUAGCUUUUGUAUCUUUUCUGUCGUCCUGGGGGAACUUGAGUCUUUUCGAAAUUGCAAAGGCUUCAGUAUUAUUUUCCCGAAAAUUUUAGAUGUAAUUUAACAUAUUACGAAAGUGAGAAGUUUUCUGAUUCCUCUCUCCACACUUUUGAAUCCAAAAUUUUAGGCGCGAUUCGUUUUUUGUCCGAAAAAUAUCCUAAUCUGGGCAGUGAAAUGUGAAAAAUUAAAGGUUCAGAAAAUCGUAGGGAAUUUAUUAGAUAAGCUUCGAAAUUGUACCUGAAUGGAAUGGCCAUCUAGAAAUUAUUAGCCGUCCUCAAGUAAUAGAAAUUAAAAAUUAUUCUUGGCAAUAUUCGCUUCUCCGAACAGAUUUACAUAAAACAGUCGUUGGGUACCCCUGAUCUGUUAGUGUUUUUUGUAAUAAUAUUAAAACAGUAAUAAUACAACUAAAUUGUCUUGUUUUUUCCUGACAGGAAAAGCACAUAACAAGAGAAGAUUGGAGCAUGAAUAAGCCGCUUACUGUGCGGUUCAAUUGGAAAGGUGAUUUAAAACGGAUUGGCGGUUGUCUCCUUCGCAGCCGUUAUUAGGGUCGUCAAUCGUCACGCAACGCUCCUCCCCACUAAGGACUGCGAAGGAGAAUAGAUUGGCGGCAGCUUCAUUGGCACUAGCCCUGAAUUUGAAAUGGCACUGUGUACAGUUUGUUUCCUGGCUUGGGAAGCAGAUGGGCGUAUCGACCGUAUUAAGCUUGAUGACUACGAUGUUAUUGUCAAAGCUCAUCGCUUUGGAGCAAACUUACUGAGUACCUGCUAUCAGAUUAAUAAGUGA